AUGUCGCUGUCGAGGGCAUUUACAACUCGCCGGCUGCGAGGCGGCAGUGACCUCGCUGACAGCGCCAAGAUGCCUCAGCGAAGCAACACCACCAAGAUUCCCUAUAAUAUCCGCGACAAAAUUUCAGCACCAGUGCAGUUGAUUCACACCACCAACAUGCUCUCAUACAAUGCCCCUGAUAUUCCUCGCCCGUCUCGAAGCAACUCAACUACGAGCAAGUCAGCAUCGGACACUGAGUCCCAGUCCACGGCGGAUUCCACUCCUCCAACUAGCCCUGAUGUGUCCUCAUCGCCGGAGCCGAACCAUUUGUCUUGCUACUUCAAGACUGCUGGAUCAACGACGACCACUUCGCCUGUCGAGGCAGAGCCUCCCGUGAUUCCCAAGCGCUCUCCAUCACAUACCAAGAAGAACUCAUACGACGCCAUUGCUCGCCACAGAUCUGUCUCGCGCAUGUCCCGAGACUCAGAUAACUCAGUUUCUACCAAAGCCGGCCAAACGUUCUCUCGUUCUCCGUCAACAUCCACGAGAGCUUCAUCCGCUUCGCAUGCAUCAUCGCCGCUUUCUCAGAAGCAGGCGAACCCGCCACCCCCGCCAGCCGCAUCGACUGGCCUUAGCCAGCUUCAAAACAAGGAAUCUCAUCCCUUUGGACAGGAGCUGGCUCAGGUCACCGAACUCGCAGAAGAGUACAGCACCAACAAUCGCCUUGACACCAUUGACGAGGAGCAGCAGUAUCUGGACAACCGAGGACUCAAGAAGUUCAGCCCAGAUGACUAUCUAAGCGCCAUUCAUGGUCUCUCUGCCAUGUUCUUCCCCGAACGAAAUCACGCCACGUCAGCGGCACCGCUGUGGAUUUAA